AUGCCUGGUUGCCUUUCGGCGCUGGCGUCGCAUGUGGAAUCAGCAUCUGUGGUCAGUACCAAGUCGAAACGUAAAAGGAAAAGUAAGAAGAAGGCUUUGUACGACCAAUAUCUUGCUGACUCAGGCAGCGAAGACUCAUCUGAACUGAGCAAAAAUGUGAACGGAACUCCAAGCAAGUAUGAAUAUGAAGAAUUUGAACCCGGUAUGGAUAUAAAUAUUCUCAUUCAACAAACUAUUCAGAAUGUUGUGCAGAGCGUAUGUUUAGAAGAUUGUGACGGCCUAUCACAAUUUGGCGACAAUGAUUUAAUUUGUUUUAGCGCGGCAGUGAAACAUAAUAGUUCUAUUCUUUCUCUUCAAAUCCGGUACCUUGAUGUUUCGGAUGUGUCACUUGUACCUCUGUGCCGUGCACUUGAGUGCCAUCCUUCUAUUCGGGCUCUGGAUCUAUCGGGGACCAGGGGUGGCCGCCCCUCUGUCAAAGCGGUCUUUCAACUUGUGUGCACAAAUCCUAAUAUAUUGUUUGUUCGCCUGGACGAUACGAUGGUAUCCCCACACGACGCUGAGGAUAUAAGGGUUGCUACCCUAUAUAAUGCUUUGGCAUGCCCUGAUCCCACUAACAAUCCCUUUUAUUUAGGGUUGUUGCGAAAAAUAAGCGACAUAGAAGAGGAAAAGCAGAAAUACAAAGAACAGCUAUCGGAACAGUUGUGGCUUUUUUCAAGUCGACCCCAAAACAAUUUAAAUUCGGGUAAGGAGAAAAAGGUUGGAUUCAGUGAAAAGGUAUCAGAGUCUCGAAUAGGCGCUGAUGUUUGUGCACAGUUUAUGUCUGGGAGGUGUGCAUACGGGUCACGGUGCAGGUACAUUCACCCUGAUAAGACCACCGCACUUAGGAACGCAAUUGCCCUUAGUAAAUAUAAGAUGGCGCAGAUGAUCGAUGACGACGCGAAAUCAGUUAAAAGCAGCGCAACUUCCCUUGGACAGACUGGAAGGGGUAGGUUGCAGAGUAGACUUCGUCCAACGAAUUUUACUAUGAAUAAAGUGCAUUGUGCGGUCGCCACUGUGCAUGAAGGUUCGGUUGAACAGUGUAGUGCAGGCUCGAACGAGGAAGCGGCUGACGUAGCUUUGAGGUUGUCCAUUUGGACAUUUGCUCUUGUUACUGCUGUUUGCAGUGUUGUGCUGAUCGUGGUUUACUGA